GUUAUUCUCAAAUAAAUCGUGUCUUUGUCUCGCGGAUGCAAAAUCCAUCUUCGGACACACAGCAACACUCGCUCCUUCAAACUCCAUGGUUAUGCCUUCUUCAAUUCCCACAUGCUACCAUGUUUUUCAACCUCCUACACUAAACAUUGCCACCAAAAUCAAAAACGACACCAUUAUUUUUCGACCAGUUAAGUCCACACUCUCUUUCUCUGCCCCCAAGCCUUCACCCAUCAAGCACACAACAACAAAUGACCUCAAUUUCGAGGACACAACUACCCGGUUACGAAUAAAACGCCUUGUCCACAGGAUCACCACCUUAUCCUCCUCCAACUCCAAACCCCAGAUCCUACAAACCCUAGAGAAAGACCCCGAAUUUCAAACCAUAUCCGAUUUCAACCACCUUCUCAUGGCCCUAGUCAUUGCACAAGAGCCUGACAUUUGUCUCGAAAUCUUCACAAAGCUACCAUCUUUUCAACUCAUGCCAGAUUGUUGCACUCACUCCAUCAUGAUAAGGUGCCACUGUGAGAGAAACGACACGGAUGAAGCCAAGAGGGAAUUUGACGCUGCUCUGGAAAAAGGUUUUCAACCAGAUGCUGCAACACUCACUGUUCUCAUAAACUCCCUUUGCAAAAGGGGGAGGGUGAAUAAGGCAAGGGAAGUUUUUGAGGUGAUGACAAGAGAGGGUUAUAAUUACAAGGGGAGUGUUCAGGCACAGAACUGCUUGCUUAAGGGUUUGUCCUAUGUGGGGAAGGUGGAUGAAGCGCUUGAGAUGUUGAUGGGUAUGAAGGGAACCUCAUUGGAGCCUGAUGUUUAUUCUUACACUGCUGUGAUGGAUGGGUUGUGCAAAGUGGGUAGGUCAGAUGAGGCAAUGGAGUUGCUCCAUGAGGCUGUUGGAGCGGGGGUGGUGCCCAAUGUGGUCACUUUCAACACCUUGUUUCAAGGGUACUCUAGGGAGGGGAGGCCUAUGGAGGGUUUUGAUGUUUUGAGGCUGAUGGAGGAGCAUGGGUGUGUUCCUGAUUGUGUUAGUUACAACACAUUGUUGCAUGGGUUGUUGAAAUGGAAUGAAGUUGUGGCAGCCCUUGGGGUGUAUAGGGAAAUGGUGGGGCUUGGAUUGGAGGUGGAUGUGAGGAUGAUGGGGACUUUGGUGAGGAGGUUGUGUAAGAGGUCUUGGAGGGAAAAGGGUCUUCUUGAAGAUGCAGGUGAGGUGUUUGAGAAAAUGAAAGAGAGGGGUUCAGUGGUUGAUCAGGGGACACUUAAGGUGAUGGUGCAGGCAUUGUGUUGGGGGAAGAGGUUUGAUCAGGCUUUGGCAAAUUUGAAUGAGAUGGUUAGAUUGGGGUAUUUUCCUGAGGCGGUUACCUUUGAUAAAGUGAUUCAGGGACUUUGUGCUGGAGGAAGAGUGGAUGAUGCAGUGUCAGCUUUGGUCCUUUUGCAUGCAAGUGGAGGGAUUUCCAAGAGAGUUUCUUAUGAUAUGGUGAUCAAGGAACUUGAGGAGGAGGGUAGAUUGUUUUGUGCUUCUAAUUUGUUUGGUGCUGCACUGAAGCUAGGUGUUGUUCCCAACCGGGAACCUAAGCUAAAUGUUAUGAAGAGAGAGGAACUGCAAGCUCACCUAAGGGAGUUAGGGAGUUAGUUGGAUGCUGACUUGGAAAUUUAGUUUCAAUUGACUGCCAAGUGGUGGAUGGGAAAUUUCAUGUGGAGGGUAGAAAGGUGUGGCAAUGGGAAGAAAGGAAGUAUGUCAUGAUAUGAGUAUGGGGGGCGCAAAGCUAGGAAGCUUAGUUCAAUACCCUGUUAAGAUGCAAUUAUGUGACUGAUCUUCACCAUAAAAUGAAGAAAAUUCAAUGAUGUGGUUUUUUUAUCCGGAAUGUGGUAAGAGAAGUGCAAUUUCUGCUCUCAGUGGAAGAUGAAGUGAAGAUGCAGUAGUAUUAGUGUUGUGCAUAGAUUUACGCGAGUUUGGAGUGGCUGGUUCAUCUUCUUUGAUGGUAUGACAAAACUAUGGGGAGCUCGACCCACGGUGUUUCCGUUUGAUUAUAAGACAAAAGCUAAAUACAAAUACACCUCAGCUGAUUAUUCA